CUGCCCGUUUAACGUCCUGCCACAGCAUCUCAAUUGGGUUCAAGUCAGGACUUUGACUAGGCCACUACAAAACUUGAAUUUUGUUUUUUUAAAGGCCAUUCAGAGGUGGAUUUACUCCUAUUCUUUGGAUUAUUGUCUUGCUGCAUAAUCCAGUUGCGCCGGAGUUUCAAUUUACGAACUGAAAACCGGACAUUCUCAGAAUUCAUGUUUCCGUCAAUUAUUGCAAGUUUCCCAGGCCCUGAAUGAGCAAAGCAUCCCCACACCAUCACACUUCCACCACCAUGCUUGGUGAAUUCCCAUCUGGGGAAUUAGUAACUACGGUGGAAAAUAGUCAGUAUUGGAUAACUUUUUUUUUGCUUCAAUAAAUAACCUCCUAAUUUAAAAACUGCACUUUCAUUUUACUCAGGUUUCCGUCGGUUUAUCUUAAUUUUUGUGUUAAUUUCUGAAACAAUUUAGUGAGAGAUAUACACAAAAACAGAAGAAAUCAGAACGGGGCAAAUACUUUUUUCAUAUUUGGAUUAUACUUAUAUUUUGAAGUCAAUUUAAGAUUUUUGUUUUUUAAGAUAUUCAUUGUAAAAGGCUCGUGAGUCAGGUGAUACAGAGUAGAUUAAACACUGAUGUACUGUAGUUGUAAUUAAUGAUGAUUUCUUUUAACACAUUAUUUUGUCUUCAGGGUCAAAAUGACAACCCAAAACCUUACCAGAGUGAUGUACCCCAGGUAAAAGGAUCAGAUUCAAUAUAGCUAAAAGUUACCUGACUAACCAAUAAAUCCUGGAUUGGUGACACAGGCCGCUUCUCAUUUGAGUGAGAAAUUUGAGCUCUCUUGUAAGCCACGCCCAUCUUCCACCUGGGUUUUUUUUUUUUUUUUUUUUUGGGAGGGGGGUCGCAUGGAGCUAAAGAGAGAGAGAAUUUUUUUUUUUUUUUUAAAUCAUUUUACCAAACGUUAGUCUUGCUGCAACUUGUCUUGUCUGUUGGAAAAAUGGAACCAGUUAUGUUCAAGGUAAUUGCAGAAAGAAGUUUGUUUACACCCGGCUGUCAUUGGAUGCAUCAUAAAUUUGGAGUGUUUGUUUGUUUGUUUAUUUCUGAAAUGCAGUAUUGAUGUUGUGGAAACAUUACAGAAAGGUUGUACUCGAAGGCUUUUAAUUCUAAAUAUCUCGAGCAAGGAUAAAUCUGUCGUUUUUAUGACUUUUUUUGUUAUUAUUAUUAUUAUUAUUAUUAUUCAUUUUUAUUGCUCCAAAAAUCAUUACGCGCGCGUUGAGCAUGCGCCCUUGGUUUGUAAGGGUGUAUUAAUUAAUGCACAGUGCUAAUGGGUGUGUGGGAUUGUAACUUUAGGUGAAAAUGAAAGGGUUCUGGUUUGAUUUAUGUUUGCAGGUGUUGAAUCCACAGAGACAUAAGUCUCUGGAGAAGUGGCUUCGGGAAACCAACACCAUGUUAACGCAGGUGAACGGGCAGCGCAGAUAUGGUGCUCCUCCUCCGGGUUGGACCGGUCCAACACCAGGUCCAGGCUGCGAGGUCUUCAUAAGUCAGAUCCCGCGGGAUGUGUUCGAGGACCGGUUGAUCCCGCUGUUCCAGAGCGUAGCGCCGCUCUACGAGUUCCGCCUCAUGAUGAACUUCAGCGGGCAGAACCGAGGCUUCGCCUACGCCAAAUACGGAGACACGGCUAGCGCAGCCGCCGCCAUCCGGGCUCUAAACCUGUACCCGCUCCAGAGUGGUGUCAGGCUCACUGUCAGGAGGAGCACGGAGAAGAGGCAGCUGUGUCUCAGCUAUCUGCCUCCCACCAUUGAGCGCAACGAGCUGCUGACGGCGCUGCGGCAAAUCGCUGACGGAGUGGAGGGCGUCAACAUAAGGACCGCCGGGCCUAAGGAGAAGGACGUCAGUGCGCUCGUGUACUACUCCUCCCAUUAUGCUGCCUCCAUGGCCAAGAAGGUGUUGGUGCAAGCCUUCAGGAAUCUGUACGGCGUGUCCAUCUCCGUCCAAUGGCUGUCCGGAAACGGAAAAUCCAGACACGAGGAGCAUGACGAAGAGAGUCCUCUCGCCCCUCCCGUUCUGAAAUCCAUGGGCGUGAAUUCUUUAACGUCUCCACGCUUCCAGCUCUGCCGAGAUCCCAAGCGUCCUCCGCCUCUUCCUACUCCACCCUCUCCCCUUCAACCGCAGGUCUUCUCACAGGCAGUAGGGGGUCCAACCCCGCAGGUGACGAAUGUGAUGUUACCCCUGAAGCCCAAGAGCGUGGAGGAGCCACUGCACGACUCGGUGCAUGAGCUGCGAUGGCUGUGUGAGCUGCAUGGGCUCGGCGAGCCGCUCUACAACAUGCGGUACGACCACACGGGCCCUGACGGCUUCCUGUAUUUUGCCUAUAGGGUGAUGGUGCCAGGGUUGGACAUGCCGUUCUGCGGCGUUGUCCACGUCUUGCCUAGCACCUGCGCCAACAACAUGAAGGCCGAGGUUCAACGAGCCGCUGCCAAGCAGCUCCUCAAUGCCAUAUGGCAGGAAAGAAAUCACUGAGGUUUGACGUCAGAUGCUGUUUUGUGUGAGAAUGUGAUUUCCUAAAGUAGAACAUGGUCCUGGAUCAGCUUUCCUGUGUUUAAGUUGUUGUCAGUACAAAUCUCAAAGAUGUCACAGUCACAGAUGGAGCUUGUAGAUAUAUUGGAGCAGUUUCACCUCCAAGCUUGUUUCGUUAGAGAGAACUAGAUGACAGGAACCUGGAUUGGCAAUGUCUAAACUAAUUAAAAAAAAAAAAUGAAGUAAGAUCCAAACAUAAAUAAGUAACUAACAAUGAAAUAAAUAAAAUCUCUAUCACAUUGCAAAGCUACGCUAACUUUCCUGUCUAGAAACUUCCAGAGGUGGUCCGUCUUCCACUGAUGACAUCCCAGAGCAACGAUUGGCUAUGUUAUUACAGAAACAACGAAAUGAUGAAAGAUUUUGAUCAAGUAACAUGUUCAACUUAAAAAAAAAAAAAAUCGUUCUCCUCCAGUUUCACGUUCAGUAUGAAGAUCAGAAAGUAUGUAGAGUUGAAGCUGCGUUUGAUUUACAUGGUUGUAAUUUUUUAUUUUUUUUUUUGGUCUACCUCAAUUACCUGAUGUGUUAUGGUUUACCUUUUGAUAUGAUGUUUUAUAAUGUUUUAAUUAUUUUAUUCUGAUUAAUAAUUUGUGUGUUUUUGCACUUUGCAGAUUGGUUCACCUCUUUCGCUUGCACCAUAAUAUUUGGAUUUGAUUGGUUUUCUGACUUUGGAGUGAGAUUUGCGUGAUCGUGUUGGUUUGCUUUGUGUGUUGCACUUAUUAAAAAAA